GGUUGUAUGAGUGUAGCUGUGGUGUUUCGGGUUGUGGUAUUUGGGGCUGUGGUGUUUGGGGCUGUGGUGUUUGGGGUUGUGUGAGUGUAGCUGUGGUGCUGGGGCUGUCUGUGUUUAGCUGUAGUGUUUGGGGAUAUGCAUAUGUAGCUGUGGUAUUUGGGGCUGUAGUAUUCGGGACUGUGUAGCUGCAGUAUUCGGCACUGUGGUGUUUGGGGCUUUGUGUGUGUAGCUGUGGUAUUUGGGGCGGUGAUGUUUGAGGUUGUGGUAUUUGGGGCUGUGUGUUACUGCCGUGGUGCCUGGGGCUGUGUUAUUUGGGACUGUGGUAUUCAGGGCUGCGUGUGUGUAUCUGCGGUGCCUGGGGCUGUGGUAUUCGGGGCUGUGCGUAUGGCUGUGGUGUCUGGCACCGUGUCACUGUGGUGUUUGGGGCCGUGUGUCUUCGGGGCUGUGCAUUACUGCGGAGCCUGAGGCUGUGCGUGUGCAGCUGAGCUAUUUGGGGCUGUAGCGUCUGGGGCUGCGGUUCUGGGGGCUGCAGCGUGCCUGUGGGGCUGCGUCCCCCACAGCUGCAGCGCCCACGGCCAUGAGGCGCGGAGCUCGGCCGGCGGUGAGGGGCGGCUCCGCCCGUCCCGGCAGCCACCUCCCCACCACCACCACCACCACCACCACGGCCACCACCGCCCGUCCCCGCUUGUGGCGGCCGAGGCGUGGCCAUGCCGGGGGGAGGCGGGCAGCGAACGGCGGCGGGGGAGCCCCGCGGCCUCUCCCUGACAGGGCGGCGCCGACGGGGUUAAGCCGCUCCCCGCGGCGGGCCGGGGCGAGCUCCCGCCUCCCGAGCCGGCUGCGGGGCGGCCACGGACACACAGCCGGGCACACUCACACACACACACACGGGCACGCUCAUACACACACACACCCCUCACACUCGCUCUCACACACACACACGCCGAGCACACACUCACACACGCGCGGGCGAUGGCAGAGGGGCGCGGGCUUCAUUUUCCCCGAGAUGAUGUCAAGAGCCUGGGAGAAGGAGGAGGAGGAGGAGGAGGACGCUUGCUCUUUUCCUUAACGGCUUUGUUCUAAAAAAACCAUCCGAAAUAAACCAGCCCAGGGGGAGCAGCCGCGAAAGUAGCCUUUUUUUUUUUUUUUUUCUCUUCCAAAUCUUUAUUUAUUUAUUUUUCGUUUGUCUGUGUGUAUCUUCUGCUCCCGGGGGGUGGGAGCAAGGCUCCGCGUCCCAACCCGGGCAGGUGCUCCAGCGGCGGCCGCCUCCCCGCCGCCCUCCCGGCCUCUUUCUCUCUCUCUCUCUCUCUCUCUUUCUCUUUUUCUCUUUUCUCCCCGCCCGCCCGGGGCGGCUCCGGGGCCGCUCCUCCCGCUCGGCUCGGCUCGGCUCGGCUCGGCUCCUGCGGGGCGCUGGCUCCCCGCCGCCCCCGCCUCCUGCCGGGGAUGCUGCCCCCAACUCCCCGCCCGUCGCCUGAUACCACCACCGCUACCACCACCACCACCACCACCGCUACCACCACCACCACCGCCGCUUCUUUCUUCGCCUCCCCGGACUCCGCACCGCGGACACCUGCAGCAAGCCGGCUCCCCGCCGCCCGCCUCGCACGGCGGCCGAAGGAAUAAAAGCGCCCCCAGCCCGUCCCGAGCCUCUCGGACGGAGAAUUUUUUCCCCCAAAAUCUUCUCCCCCACCCCUCCCCGCCUUCCUUCUCAAGCAGCCCCCGGAGCCCAGCCGCUCCUCGGCCCCUCCAUCCCCGAAGAAACUUGGGACGGGGCCGGCUCCAGCCUCCCCGCCGAGCCCUGCCCGGGCUGCGGGGGGCGAAUUGGCGGAGGGGGGGGCCCUCAAAGCACCGCAGGACCCCGUCCCGGCUCCUUCCUUCCUUCCCACGCCGGGGACCCCCCCCUCUAUAACCCCUGGCCUCGGUGCUGGGGAGGAGCGGGGUGUGUGUGUGGGGGGGGUUGCCCUGGAUGGCCCUGCGCACUGGGACGGCUUGGUUUGGGCAGGUCCUGCGCAGAGUUUCCCGGCUCCAAGGCACCUGGUCCCGGCGCUCCAGCAGCCUCCUGUGCCUCUCGUCUGGCCAGGAGCCCGAGCACAAGCUGCCCCCCAGCAGCGGUGGCGGUGGGCGCCGCCGCCGCCUCCCCCGGCAGCUGUCCCCCUGCUGCUGCUGCUGCUGCUGCUGCUGCUGCGGCUGCCGCGGCCUGUCGGAUCCCCGGGCGGCCAGGGGGGGACAUGGUCCCCUCACUCGCCCCUUGCUGGCGGCCAUGAAGAGGCAGAACGUGCGGACCCUGUCCCUCAUCAUCUGCACGUUCACCUACCUGCUGGUCGGGGCCGCCGUCUUCGACGCGCUCGAGUCCGACAACGAGAUGCGGGAGGAGGAGAAACUCAAAGCCGAGGAGAUCCGGCUCAAAGGAAAGUACAACAUCACCAGCGAGGACUACCGGCAGCUGGAGUUGGUGAUCAUGCAGUCUGAGCCGCACCGGGCCGGCGUCCAGUGGAAAUUCGCCGGCUCCUUCUACUUUGCCAUCACGGUCAUCACGACCAUCGGUUAUGGACAUGCUGCCCCAGGAACGGACGCGGGGAAGGCCUUUUGCAUGUUCUACGCAGUCCUGGGGAUCCCACUGACACUCGUCAUGUUCCAGAGCUUGGGCGAGCGCAUGAACACCUUCGUCAAGUACCUCUUGAAACGCAUCAAAAAGUGCUGUGGGAUGAGGAGCACUGAGGUCUCCAUGGAAAACAUGGUCACUGUGGGUUUCUUCUCCUGCAUGGGGACACUCUGCAUUGGAGCAGCAGCCUUUUCCCAGUAUGAGGAAUGGAGCUUUUUCCAUGCUUACUAUUACUGCUUUAUAACAUUGACUACGAUAGGUUUUGGAGACUAUGUGGCCCUGCAGACCAAAGGGGCCCUUCAAAAGAAGCCUCUCUACGUGGCUUUUAGCUUUAUGUACAUUCUAGUGGGGUUGACAGUCAUUGGGGCAUUUCUAAAUCUGGUUGUUCUCAGGUUCUUAACCAUGAACAGCGAGGACGAGAGGCGGGAUGCCGAGGAACGGGCGUCCCUGGCAGGGAACCGCAACAGCAUGAUUAUCCACAUCCAAGAGGACUCCCAGCAUGGUCGGCCGCGGUACAAGGCCGAAGUAACAGACCUUCAGUCAGUUUGUUCCUGCAUGUGUUACAGGUCCCACGAGUACACCAGCCGGGUGGUGUCCCACCAAAAUUCGUUCAGCUCGAAGCUGAACCCCCAGUACUUUCACUCCAUCUCUUACAAGAUAGAGGAGAUCUCGCCAAGCACAUUAAAAAACAGCCUUUUCCCAUCUCCUGUCAGCUCCAUCUCACCUGGGUUGCACAGCUUUACAGAUAACCACAGGCUGAUGAGAAGGCGAAAGUCCAUUUAAAGUGAUUUGUCUUCUUUUGCUUUCCUUGUUUUCCCCAGUUCUUCUCUGUUGUUUUAUUUUGUUAUGUUUUUUUCGUUUGUUUUGUUGUUUUCCUUGAGUGAGACGGAGCGAGGCCGAAGGGAGUAGAGAAAGCCAGUCCUCCUCUGAGACUCAGCUCUUGAGCAUGAAGCAUGGAUUAUUACUGUUCCAGCAAAGUAUGCCUUACAUUACCCCCUCGGUGGAUGUCAGAGGAUUCAAGGUGACGUGAAGUUGGUACCAAAUCCAAAGUUGCACACACAGCUGGGAGCCUUCAUGUGCCACUGGCACUCCUGACCUAAUAAACUAUUUUCCUCACGAGCAGGUUGCAGCGUGCGUGCUUGCGUGCGUGUUGGGUGCGUGUGGGUGGGUGUGUGCGCGUGCAAUUCCACAACUAGUGCCAUGUGACAAAAUUAAAGCAUCAGGUAUUAUUUUUUUUUUCCCUUGAGGCAAUUGUGUUCCAGCCUGCUUUUAACUUUUUAGAUUGCUUCCAAAAAGAAUGGGGAGGUGGGGAGGGGAGCCAAUUUGUUUCCUUUUUUGCCAAGACAAGCAUGCGCCAUAAGCAGUCAAUAUACCAGGUGUAUCAUGAUAAAUUUUUUUAAUGCUAGAUUUUAGAUUGUAUUAACAUUACAAAAAGGCAGGAAACGAUGGAUCAUUUUAGCUUGCCAGUUCAAAAUUUAAAAAAAAUAAAAUAAAAUAAAGCAUGCACUUUGUAAAACUGGUAUGCAUAAUAAAAACACAAGAAAAACUAGCAAUGGAAUUAAUAAUCAAAAGCAAGUAAUCCUGUUGAUUUAACUAUAUUUACUUUCAUCAUUUGAAACUGUUCCAACAAUUUGCAAGUGGAUUUUUUUUAAGAUCAAUUGGGAGAAUUGUUGGAACUACAGAGUGUAUUUUGUUGUUUUUAUUUUAUUUAUAAAAAAUAUUAUUAUUUUAUUAUUAUUUUAUUGUGCAGUAAUUACCUGCAUGAAUAGGAAUUAUAUAUUUUUUUGAAUGCUUGGAUUAGGAUGGGUAUAAAUAGGUGGAUGUAUAUUUUUUCUUAUAUAAUAGUGACAGGGCAUUCCUUGUUUUAAAUAAAAAAAAUAAAGAUGAUUGUCUCUAAAUGCUUUUGAUUUGUAAAUAAUGGAAAGCCUUUGUUGGUCUCAGGAAGAAUUCAAGGGACAGUAUCUUGUGUUUGGCUCACUGGGAACUUGUGAGAUUAGAUGUGAUAUUGCUUUUUUGCUAGGCAGAAAGGCAAAAUGCAUUUAGCAGUAAUGGGCAAAAGCAGUUUUACUCCAGUGUUUAGAGGGUAACAUUGGGAGUGAUUGCAUUGGCAAGCUGUAGUAGAUGAUGUUGAGACCAAGUUGUAGAGUUGUUCCUUGGAAAUUGUCCUUUGCUCAGUUGUUCAUCCGGACCAAACAGACUUUACAGAACCAAAUUAGAGGCCUAAUCCAGCUCCCUUUUAAGACAAUAGGAAUUUGCAAUGAUUACAUGAGAUUUAGUGCUUUGGGAGAUUUAUCUUUAAUUUGACGGCGGUAGGACUGGGAAUUUUACAAACCUGCACCAUUGUCUCUGAUUUAAUCCUAUCUUUUAAAUUGCCUUCCAUGUUAAUUCGCCAUACAAAACCCAUCUUUUUUUGGCACUAAUCACUUCCUGCUGAUUCUACCAUUUUGUGCUUUCAUUGUAAAAGCAAUAAUCCUCCUUUUAUAUAUAUAUAUAUUGAAGUAGAUGGUCUGUUUUCACACAAACCCCAGCUCUAAGCUCUGUGUGCUGAUGGAUGUUGAUACACUAUCAAAGAGGCAUCUAUAGAGAGCAUUAAUAGGGAGAAAGAAGGAAUGUCCUUCCUUCUCUUUUCUCCCUGACUUUAAAUGACUAGCUAUAUCAAAUAUCUUCAUGUUCUCCCUGAUUUUGAUAUUUAUUUCAAUGAGUAAAUGAAAUAACUUUGACUUCCCUAUGCAACUUCUUUUGGGAUUUUAAAUUGCUCUGGCAUGCAAAAAUCCUUUAAAAUGAAUGAAAAAUUAGCUUAUAAUUCUUAAUGAGAGUAGAUGAGAUGGACUUUUUCAGCCUAACAUGUGGGUAUAACAUCUUUCAGCAUAGUAAGAGAGCAAGCUGGGUGCAUUAAUGAUGUGCUGCUGUUACCAUGACCUAAGGCAAAUGCUGAUGGCAAAAGUGUUGGAGCAAGUAUACCUAGAAAAGCAGUUUCAGGAUGUAUUAAACAACCCCUGUGAAAACUAUCUAGAAUAUGGUUUCUGGAGGGUGGCCCAUAGGGUUCACCAUGCUGUCAAAAUUCACUUUCAUAGUGCCAUUGCUGAUGGCAUCCCAGGACUGCAAAUAAUUGUAGGUUUUUUUUUCUUGCUAAGGAGAUUAGAAAAAAUAUGUACGUAUCUGUAUCAUGUACAAGUGCUGGGUAUGUUUGACACUGGGGUAAAGCAGGAAAAAUCUGGGAUUUUGCAGAUUUCAGGAGGGUGAAAUUCUAUCUGCCUAUUAAAGAUGAACUUUUGUAACAGGACUUUGAGCCAAAACUUUGAACAGUUUUGUGAAAAACGAAGUUGUAUUUUAAAAAGCAUUGGUUAGCUUUUUUUUAUUUUCUUUAAGAAAAGAGGAAAAUUCUAUUUCUGCUGCAUAUAAAAUAAUUUUGAAUGUUCUAUAAACAGUCUUCUUCUUGAACUCCAGAUAUUCAAAGCUGUUACAUGUUCUAGCUGAUUUGUUACUUAAUUUCCCCUCUGGAACCAUAAAUUAAGUUAAAUGAAGGGUAAAUUUUAGCACAGGGGGUAUUUUAACCAGGGGAGGAACUUACCUAGGGGGUCAUAGGUUGUCUGCCGCUUAAUCUUUACAUUAAAAUUGAUUGUCUUUCUAAAAACUCUAGUUUAAUUUAGUCAAAGUUUAUGGAUUUGGUUGAAGAAAUCUACAUGUGUUGAUAUGAUGGAGCCAGAGUAGAUGUUUGUAGUGAUACUUCUGAGUCUAAAGGAUGUAGGGAGUUUGUAUGUUGGAAAGCAUUUUGGAAAAUAUGUCUGCAUUCAUUAAGAUUUAAAAAUAUUUAAAAUUUAUUUUUACCUUCUGCCUGAAGAAUUCACAAUUCUGUCCAGUCUAUAUUUUUGGUGCACAUACGAUUUUAAAGUGGCAAGGCAUUUCCUUUGCAAGCCUCAAUACAUUCAGACACUUGUAUGAGCUCCUGCAGGACUUUUCUUUGUGAGCAUACACAAAUACAAGAACUCCUGUGCGCACACAUCAGUAAACCAAGCAAAAUAUGCUGAAAAUGCUUCUCUCUUGUUGUUUUUGUGGUUUUUGACUGAUGCACAAAUCUUGACUUGAUCUGUUUGUAACUGGAACAUGCAGUAUCUUGGAAAGAGUAGCUUUUGUCCAAAGUUAACCCCAGCUUUUCACUAAAACAUGCAAAAUCAGUCCGUGAAAGUUGAGCUGAUUUUUGUCUGCUCCAUCUCUGGCUACUUACUGCCCUACCAUCUUUCCCUCCAAUGCCACUUUUCAUGGCAUAUUUUCUUUGGUACGUUACUAUUCUAUUCUACUUAAGAUACUAGUUCUUUAAGAACAGCUUUUCUUGCUUUCUACUCACUCUUUCGAAAUACAGCUAUUUUCUUUAAAUUUUGAGAUUGAAGCAGGUAGUAGUGGUGCCACUUAUGACAAUACAUUCUAAUAUCCAAAAUACCUAAUCUAUGUUUCCAUAGCACAGAGACUUUUGCUAUCGCUUUGUGAUGCACUCCCAUUCCCCAGAGUCUCAUUUCCCCUAUUAUUAAGCAUUCGAAAUAAUAAUAAUAAAUCAGAUUAAUCUAUUUAUGUCACACUAAUGUGCUGUUCAUCAAAACAACACAAAUUUAGCUCCCUGCUGUCGACUUUGAUUAUAUAACAACCCCAUUAUCCUAUCAUAUUUCAUAUUAUCAUCAAAGGAAAAAAUCAGUUUGAUCAGUGAAGCACCAAAAUAGCUUUGACUGAGCAUGCUGUGAUAUGGAAACGAAAGAGGAAACAAUAGAGCCACACAGGCACAACUCUUCUUGCUCUUCAUUACUGCAUAAGGAAGAUCACAACUGGUCUAACUGGGGCUGCUUCACCAGAACUUUGUACAUAUUUGUGCUUUACAAGAAUGAAGGGGACAUCUUUGGAAGAGGUGUCUGGAUGUUACAUGAUGAUGUCUGGAUGAAGGAUUCCAAAUAGGUUCUUGGUUGUUAAUGAAUAGAGAAGAUGGACAGUGAUCCUCAGCAAUAGAUCUCAGUUUGGAUUCCUCUGUAAUAGCUUAUUAGAACAACAUUAGCAACAUUAAAAAAAAAUAAGUAAAUAGGGAAGUGACUGAGUUAAUCUCCUGUAAUAUCUACUGUAAUGUAGAUGGUUUCAUUAGCUUCCUAUGCUUCGAUCAAAGAAAUUCCAGGGAAAUAAUCAAGAUAAUUGCAUAUUCAACUUAAGCAAGGUAAUUUCAUGUUUUCUCUGACAAAUGUGAAGUUUUUUGAUGUGGAAAAAUGACUCAUUUGUUGCUAAAAGCUUUAAAAAGAGCGGUCAGUGGAACCAGGAUGAAGAAGGGAAGUGUUCCAGAAUGAUUUGGUGUGUGCAGACCAGAGGGCAGGGGCUUGGGUUGAAGUAGCUUUCUGUUGAAGUUUAUGUCCUCAUUUAGCUUUAUGUAAUAUUCCUGUUAAUAUUAGGAUCCAAUUAAGACAGUCAUUUAAAAUCUUUAUGAGGAAGCCAGACCAGAGAGACGUGUUGGAGUGUGUCCAUUACAGUAAUGUUAUGGACUUUUUAAUGCAUAUUUCAACAAGACACUAUUAUUGACUGGAAUAUUGCACAAAUUACAAUGAAAAUCACACCACAACUACUUUCAUCAACUAGAAGUGCAUAAUGCUCACAGAAUUGAAAAAGAAAUAUUGCCUUUCUAACCAGCCUGCCUGUCAUCUAACUUUAAUAUCAAACUUUAUUUUGGGAACUUCAGCAAGAUAAACCAUAUGAAAAGGAUUAGACAUCAUAAUGAUGCACCAAACUCAAAAUAAAUAGAAUAAUGACAUUGGACACAGAGAAAUUGAUUACAGAUGGAAGGCACUCUGGGACUCUUACGCUAGUUAAUCUGAGCUCAGAGACUGAAUUAUAGCCAUGAAAACUGACGGGAGCCUUUGCCAAAAUGCAGUUUGCAAUUAUUUAAGAUGUAGAUAAUGAACAUGGCAGCAGAACUUUCGCCCGUAUAAGUAGUAGCAAGGCAAAAAAAAAAAUGUUCUCAACAGGAAGAGUACUUAAUGUUAUUUCCAGUCGAAACCACAGUGAGGUGAUACUGAAGCCUGUUGUGUUUUUAUCUGGGUAGAAUUAGUCUGGGAGAUGCUCUCUGCUCAGAUAUGGUUUAUACUUAGUUUUAUUAGCCUAAGCAUUAUCAACAAUUGAUAACUGCUGAUAACUGUCAACAAUUAUCUUGUUGACACUUCACCACACCCAUUUCCCAACCCAUAUCUAAGUAUGUCAGGAACUGGAGAGCUGAUGUGCUGCUUUGGGUGAUCACAGAGAAGUGUUCAGGACAAUGAAAUUGGGCUCCAUGGAGGCGUCUUCACUCCUGCAGACCUCCUGGAGAUAUAUUUGAUUUAAAGGUGUUGUGCAGUCCAGCACUGACAGUAUUUCAAUGGUUACUGCUGAUGAGAUUCAUGGUGCUCCUGAUUCUCCGGUUAGGUUUUUGCUGCUGCCUUUGUUGAAACCAAGACAUUAUUCAGCCAGCCCAUCCUGAAAAGUGGAGGGAUCCCUGUGAUAUAUUUUGCUAGUGAUUAUGUUUUCUUAUACUAGUGCUCCUAAGUGAAAGAAGGGCUCAGUGGGAUGUAAGCAAACUCUUAGCUACUCUGUAGAGUCUGUAGUGGCAGGACCUUCUCUGAAGCCAGCAGAAGCUGUACUAAAGCUAAACUUAUUCAGACUGUCCCUAAGUCUUUCAUUUCUUUGGAAAAUUUUCAGUGAUCUCAUUUUCGGCUUUUCCCUUAAGGGGCUUCUGCAACCAGUCUGACUGAUUCUCAGUCAAACAGUAUUGUUCUUCGCACAAAUUUCCAAGUCAUGUACAUGUACACAGCAGUAUUCCUUUGGGGGAAAGUCCAACACAAAGCUUUAAAUUAAGGAGCUUUCAGCAUUUGCAUCUUCUUUACACUGGGAGCUCCACAAAGUUACUCCUUGUGCACACUGGAGAAUGCAGACACGGUAAAUGCGUGAUGGUUGGUUUUGCUCAUGUCCUUGGUGGAUAUUGCAGCUGCUGAGCUGACCCUUGCUGGACUGUUCUCUGAAGCUGGUGGCUUUAUAUUGCUGUGAAUUGGUAAGCUACAGAGAAAUGAAAGUGCUGAGGGCUAAUUUUUUCUCAUGCACUUUUCCAAUAUGGUAACCUAACUGAUUUGGGUGCAAUACAACGAGUCCAGAUUUACACGCCACUGAAAUUAGAAUGUGAGCCUCUAUUUAACUCUUAGAUAUGAUAUCUGUAUCUUCAACUAGUGCUUGCCGUGAACAAAUUUUCCUAAACUUAAUGGUGAGAGUAGAAAGACCUGAAGACAGCAGUCAACGUGUAUAACUUAUGUGACUGUAUUUUUCUUGUUGGAAUCCAGGCAACCAAAGCUUUCUGCUAAUUUUAGGCUGUAAAUAUUAUCUUUGGGGUCUUCAGCCUUCAAUUUUCUCUCCUUUUGUGAAUAUUGUAAUUAAGAAAUAUCCCAGAGCCUUCCCUCACCUUCCUUUCUGACCAUGUAAGGAUUGCUGCCAUAUAUUAAUACAACAGAUGAUAAGGAAAGAAAAAAAAAAAAGAGAGAGAAAAGAGAGAUUAAUGCUGCAAUUUUAUUGGUAAUUAAUAUUCACAGUUCCAAGCUCUGUCAUGUUUUAGUUCACUUUGAGAAAUGCAGAGCAAACAGCAGCAUGAUAACAUUUAUCAUAGCUGGCUAAUUCACAAGUGAAGCUAGCAAAUAUAAUAAUUGAAACUAUGCUCUAUAAUGCAUCUUCCUCAUGCAUGAGUUCUGAUACCGCUAGCCUGGCUUUGAUUCAUCGUUUAUCUGGUCUGUGGAACAGCUUGCAGUAAUUGCUCUAUCCAGAGCACUACACUUGAGGCUAGAAGGAAGAUCCAUUGCACAGACAGUGGCCCUCCGGCUUUCUCCAUACGCCCUCCCCAUUCUCUACCCAGACAUUAACUCAUUAGCUUGCCAUUUCGUAAACGUAUGCUCAAACCCAAGAUCACCACAUUCUGUACUUUCCCCUAUCAUGUAUUAAUGAAAAGCAUUAUGCUACAGAACUGCACCCUGGGGAAGGAAAUGUUCCACUCUAAUUACUACUGACAAAAGAAAUCUACAGAUUGAUUAAAAACAAUAUGCGGGGAAUCAAAUAGGAAAUGCAAAGUGCACAAACCUGCAAGGGUGAAAUCCACUUGUACCCUAGCUGGGAUGCAACAUAUUGGCCUGGGAGGAGAGUUUGGGGGUGUUUGUCUGGGGGAAGGCCUGAGCACUAGCAGAAAGCACAGAUGAUCUGAGCUUGCAAAGAGAUGCAGUGGUUUACUUGUUGUCUGUAGAUCAUUGGUAAGGUCUGUGGUGUUGUUUCAAAUUAAGGACAAGCCAUGGGUCUUCUGGGUGUAGCCUGUUUGCUAUCCAUCUGCCAUCAUCCUCCCAGGCAAGAGUCACAGGAGAUGUGGGCAGGAUGAAGCAUAACAGGGUCAUGGUAGAGUGGAUUGUCAUUAGUGAGACCACAAUACUGAUGUUGAUGUUGAACAGGGAGCAGCAAAAAUUGUGUCUUCUAGAGCCUCUUCCUCUCCUGUUUCUGGAAGAGAUCAGUUGCACCAUCCUCCCUAUUGCCUGUGGCAAAUCUGUACUGCUCAGAAAGGCUUGGACUGGGGUCUCCUUGCCCAUCUGUGAUAUUAUAUCCCAGAGUUGUUUUGUAGAAAUGUGUGGGAAAUGCUAAGCUGCUCCAGCUGGGUUUGGGAGGUCGUGGUACAGCCUUUUUGUAUUGACUGUGUUUGGACAGUUCCUUCGUGUCCAAACAUAAUCAAAAUUGACCUUUUGAGAAAUAAUGGUAAUUCCUUAUUGCACUCUCUCUCCCUGCAGCACUGGUAUGCAGCUCCUUAAUCAUAAUUAUUGUUAAGACGCUAAUUAAUUUGAUAACACUAUUUAAUUAGAUUAGCUGAAGUACAGUGUGUAAAUGAUUUUGGCCUCCCAGAGUCUGAAAUCUGAAGUCUACAAAAUGAUUUCCAAAAGGCCUGCUCAGUAGUGGCACUGCAGACAUGGAGGUCAUGCCACGUUGUCCUGCUGACAAGCAUCAUCUUGGCACGUUGACUGGAAGUGUCUGGGGAAAGGAUUUUAGCUCAGAUCUAGUAUACGGAGCUAGGCCCUCAAUUCCCACUGAACUAAAUAGGUGCUUAAAUGUCUUUGUGGUAGGCUUUGAGCCUGAGUUUUCUCUUACUUGUAGAGAAAAGAACCAGUGGUGUGUCUUAGAGAGAUGGCAUGACCCAGGUGAUCUGUAAGAGGUUGUAUUUCAGGAUGGAGCAUGGUUCUGGUACCCAUUUGGCCAUUUGCAGCAUGGCCAAAGGGUCUCAGCUGUGUUGUCUGGGAAGGAUUGUGCUUUGAAGAGAGAGCCCCAAGUUGGCAGCAAGGCAGGGAUGAGCACAGGGAUGGGUUGCUGGAUGUAUGUGCAAACACGUCUGGACCACCAGCGGAAUGGAGAAGGUGCAGCUGAGUUUCUCCAUCACAAGCUGGGUUGAUGAGGGAGCUGAUGCUAUGGCAUAUCCUUCUCCCAACCCCUGUCUGAGCAAGGAUUACAGAAGGCAGAGCAACGGAGUUGAUUUCUGCCUGUCCUCUGGGUGAGGGAGAAGGAGGACAGGAUUAAUUUCUAGCUUAUGCACUGGGCAAGAGCUCAGGGCAGCAUUCUCCUUGGAAACCAAGACUAGGGCCAUCUGCAUCUCUUUUGUAAAAUAUGAAUAAUACUGCUUACCCCCUUCACAGGUGUUGCAAAGAUUUUAAUAAGAAAGGGUCUGUCUAGGACCAUGAAACUAGUGCAUGGUGGGUCUCAUUGCUGUGUGUUCAACUUCGAAAAAUGUGUUGCAACAUUCUGUAAAAGGGGGAAAAAAAAACCACAAGCAAUCUGUACUUUGAAAAAUAAGAGGAGGCAGAUUAAUGUUUAUCUUUUCAUCUUUUUUUUUCCUCGUUUGAGCUUGGAUUUCAAUAAAUGACUCAGGGCAGUCAUUGGAAUAGGUAUAAUGUGACUUCUCUUGCGGCACUACACCUGUUAGAUGAAAUUAAAUCAAAUCUUCUCAACGUCACUAAGAAGCCAGAGUUUCUGUUGUGUUGGUGGCAGAGCUUUGAGAGAGCUCUAUAUCCAUUUCUUCUAGUGUUUCCUUUAAGGGAUUUAGUACCCUUCUCUAAUCUCUAUGAUUUGUUCUUCUGAGAGCCCCUUCUGAACAGUGACGUGGGCACAUCUCGUUUCUUCUUUUUGCAAGUCAUCCAGAUGGGUCUGUUGGGCAGCUCACAGCUAUUCAUUGUGGUCAGGGCUACUGGAACAUUCUUCUCCUUGCCCUGGUAAGCUACAGUUUUGCCAAAGGAUUGGCUAAGGGAACACAGGAUUGAAGAGACUUGUGAGAUCCUUUUAAAAAUGCCCAGUUAGUUGUGAUUUCUUUUUUAUUUUCACUGGACACUCCUUUCACAUUCGUCAGCAUCUCAGCCCCAGUUGUUCUUCAGUGACAUCUCUUUCCAUCUCUUUUCUUUGUAGAAUUCCUGUCACACACAUUUUCUAGCAAAGAUGGUUAUCACAUUGCUCCUUCUUAGCAUAUUUUUUCAAUUCUAUACUGCAGUCAGAGGCAGCAGUAGGAAAUGUCUCUUCGUGGUUGAUACUAUGCUGUUUCAAUUCUCCUGUGAAGAUUAGAGCUACAGAGUCUGGUGUGGUCACCACUUGCUGGUAUGCUCAACACAACUCAGUGAUCUCCUCUUGCCAGUUUACCUCCUUUUUGACUGUUCAGCUGCAUUUAUAUUGUGUCAUAUAAUUUCUGUAUAAGUUGUCAGUGCAGGAAUAUUUUGUGGAUACUGGAGGAUACGCACGCUGACUGCAUAACAAGAUGGAGAUCCAAAUGUCCAGGUUCCAAGAGGGUUGAGACUCUGCUGCUCUAGCAGUAGGCUUUAUUAAGUCAUUUCCUGGGGACCACUCCGGGAACCUCUCUUUUAGUCUUUAAUAUUAACAAAUUUGGUUAGUCCACCCAAAAUUAGUUUGGGUGUCAGUAUUCUUGGGUUGAACCCAUGAAAAAAGAACUGGUAUAUGUUCCAGAAAGAGUCCUGUCUACUACUAACUUUUUUAACAAGCUAAUAAGCAGAAACAAUGAGAGACUGUAUCAUUCUUUACAAUGCAAACCUAAUCUGUAUUUCUUUACAGAAUGUAAAUUUCUUAUAAUAUGCUAUACAACCAAUAAUCCAGCUGUUACUUUACUGCAAGGUCAGGAGUGAACUGUGGAAGGAAAAAAAUGUUUUCUUUUUCCUCUUCCCUUGACUUGUUAAGAUUUGUGUGUCUGUUUGUUGCCAUUGAGGAGUAUUGACUAAAACUUUUGAUCCUAGUGAUAUGAUGGCAAAGGAAAUUAUUUGGAGCUGGAUAGGUCAAUGGGGAAUGGGAGGGGGGCUUAAAAAUUGUUUCCAGUAGGCCAAAAGAAUGUGGAUACUGUCUCUUCAAGGUGCAAUUUCUUCAACAAACUGUUCAUCUAUGAGAAACAGGGAUAAAAGUGUUCAAUUUGGGACCUAAGGAGUUUAUAUGGAAAUUCUUGGAUUUCUUCCAAACACACAUACAUGUUGAAAUUAAAUUGUGAUUCCUACUUUGGAGACUGAGCCUUCCUGCUCAGGCAGAAGCGUGUGUGUAUGUGUGUGUUUGUGAGUGUGUGUUGAUGCUAUGUCUCUUUUGGAUCUCUUGACACUUUUUGGUGCAUUUUUGUACUUCUUUGAAUGUGCAUAUGCGGACUUACCGAUGGUAUACUGACGGCAUUCUAAAGGCCCUCAACAGCCUGAGAUAGAGCAAAACUCUCUAAAUUUCUGCCCUGGUUGAUACAUUUUCUGUGCAGCACACAGAUCAUUAGGAGCAUGGUCUUCUAGAAAGAGAAGCACUUUAGCUGCUUGGCUGUGGACUGCACUGAGAAUUUACCUCCUGGAAGCAGUUUUCUCUGCUCAUUUCAGACCUCUAACAUCAACAUAGUUGUUGAGCUGGUCCUAGUAAAGGAGAAAGAGCAGGUCAUAAGCAUCAAGAUGUGAUUUGUUAAAUCAGUGAUAACUUGAUUACAGAGAACCAAAUUAAAGAUGUUUUUGUGUUUUCAUUUCUUUUUCUGGCCUUCUCCAUAACGGGAGAGGAUGCCUUCACACAUGGCCUUAGAAUGCCGUACUGGAGUUAGAAUGCAACAACAGUCAAAUGAAAAUAAGAUGUAUUGCAGCUUAUAUAAAGAAUGAAAACUGUAUCACACAAAUGUUUACAAGUCCAAGUAGACAGCGAACCCCUGUACAAUAUGUAAUUUAUGCAAGGGAUUGCAUCUUUCUUUUGUAAUGAAUGCACUAAGCAACCCUGUAUAUAUUUUACAAUGUCUUUACAGAGAAAAAAAAAAAGAAUCAUUUACUGUAGUGUUGUAAAAUAAUGCACUUUUCUAAUUUUUUCAUUAAAAAUCCUAUGGCACGUUUUCA